UCGCGUGUUGACGUCAUACAAUCUGCGCCGCGACGUUUUCGUUUUGCUAUUCUGCGACAGAUGAAAGGUGACAUCGAAAAGUUUCCAGAUGUGCCUUACACAACUCUUGUAGAGAUGGAGUUUAUUAAAGUGGAGGUUGUGGACAUGAGUGAUCCAGAACCGUGCAAAGUGAAAGAUGAAGAUCAUGAGGAACAGAGAGACCAGAUGGAGGUGAAAGAGGAAAGAGAAGAACCGAGUGGCAUCAAGGAGAACCACUUUAUUGAAACGCCUGAAGAUUUUAAAGUUGGAGAAGAGUCUUUAACUGAAACAACAGAAGCCAAAAAUUCUUUCUCCUGCCCUCAGUGUGAAAAGACCUUCACACAUAAAGGAAACCUUAGGGAUCACAUUAAAAUUCACAUCGGAGAGAAGCCUUAUGUGUGCAGUCUGUGUGGAAAAAGUUUCAUUCACAAAGGACACCUUAAUGAUCACAUGAGGAUUCAUACGGGAGAGAAGCCUUACACGUGCCAUCUGUGUGGAAAUAGCUUUACCUGUAAAGGAAGCCUUAAUGGUCACAUGAGAAUUCACACUGGAGAGAAACCGUUCACAUGCCACCUGUGUGGAAAGAGUUUCACAUGUAAAGGAAGCCUUACUUGUCAUGUGCGGAUUCACACCGGAGAGAAGCCUUUCACUUGCCCUCAGUGUGAAAAGAGCUUCUCACAUAAAGGAAGCCUUAAGUGUCACAUGAGAAUUCACAUCGAAGAAGGGCCUUUUGCUUGCAAUCAGUGCGGGAAGAAUUUCACACAGCAAGAAUACCUUAACAAUCACAUAAAGAUUCACACCGCAGGGAAACCGUUCACAUGCCAUCUAUGUGGAAAGGGUUUAACUUGUAAAGGAAGUCUCAAGAGUCACAUGCGAAUUCACACCGGAGAAAAGCCGUUCACGUGCCUUCAGUGUGGAAAGAGCUUCACAAAUAAAGGAAACCUUAAGAUUCAUGCAAGGAUUCACACCGAAGAGAGCCCACUGACUUGCCUUCAAUGUGGAAAGUGUUUCACGCAUAAAGAAAACCUAAGGUGUCACAUGAGAGUCCACACCGGUGAGAAGCCCUUCACGUGUCAUCAGUGCGGAAAGAGCUUCGCUCGUAAAGUUAUCCUUCAGAAUCACAUAAAAACUCACUCCGGAGUGAAGCCUUACACAUGCAACCAGUGCGGAAAGAGAUUCACAGAUAAAGGGUACAUAAAGCGCCACAUGCGAAGUCACACUGGAGAGAAGCCCUUCACAUGUCCUCAGUGUGGAAAGACUUUCACGCAUAAAGGAAACCUUAAAAUUCACAUCAGAAUUCACACCGGAGAGAAACCCUCCAAGUGUCCUCAAUGCGGAAAGAGCUUCACACAUAAAGGACAGCUUAAGGAUCACAUGAGAAUCCACACCGGAGAAAAGCCCUACACGUGUCCUCAGUGCGGAAAGAGCUUCAAAUGUAAAGGACACCUCAAGACUCACAUAAGAACUCACACCGGAGAGAAACCUUACACGUGCCGCGAGUGUGGCAAGAGCUUCACAGUUCAGAGAAGCCUGAACAUGCACAUGAAAUAUCAUUCUGGAGAUAAAUUGUAUGAGUGCUCUGAGUGCGGCAAGAGGUUUGCAGAGAGCAAUACCUUUAAAACACAUUUGCUCAUUCACUCUGAAGAACGGCCAUUUAGUUGCGAUCAGUGCGAGAAAAAGUUUAUUCUGGCGGUGCGAUUAAAAGCACACCUGAAGCUUCAUACGCAUGAGAGACCCUACUUAUGCUCUCUGUGUGGAGAGAGUUUCAAACUGCUCGGCAGCUUAAAAUCGCACCAGAAAAUACAUGCCAGUGAGAAAUCGCAUGUGUGUCCUGAGUGUGGUAAGGCUUUUACCAGAGCAACAUACUUGAAACGGCACCAGCGGACACAUGCUGGAGAAAACCCUGGCAAGGGUUCAUUCGUUCAAGAACCCUAAAGCUACAAGAAUGCAUACUGGAGAGUAGCCAAGCCAAUGAUUGGUGGACUGGCAUUCGACCCGACUGUGUGACAAACAGUUUGGAAAAUGGAUUUUAAGCACAUCGAUGUAUCUACUGCUUCACAUUAUCAAGAGUAGAGCAUUGCGAAGUUUGUCUUCGGCAAUGAGUAAAUGGUGUGAGAUUCAGAUGUAGACAAAAGUAGAAUUUCACCCAAAAUGGUGCUUUUUUAAGAGGGGUUAAAUAACCUAAUGCUGAUAUUUAUGCUCUUCAAACAAAUGUGAUGCAAGUUAAAAUACUACCGUAUUUUUCGGACUAUAAGUCGCACCUGAGUAUAAGUAGCAUCAGUCCAAAAAGAUGUCAUGACGACGAAAAAAAAAAAACAUAUAUAAGUGGCACUAGACUAUAAGUCACAUUUAUUUAGA